CGUUUGACUCCGCCUCUUCGUGCUGGUAUCGGUCUGUGCUCGGGUGCUGGCUCAGUCUCCGCAGCUCUCUGCUGUCGCUCCCGGUCCACGAGAUGACACCGCCUCCGCCCAGAUGCACCUCCCUCGGCGUCCCGCGCUACCGCAUUUCUGGCCCACAGGCUCGGUCCGGACUCCCGCUGCAGUUGCUACUGCUGCUGCUCUGGACGGCCGCCGACACCCAAGGCCACCCGAAGAGCGGACCCCGCAUCUCCGCUGUCUGGAAAGGCCGCGCAGGGAAGGACCGGGUGGAUUUUGGCUCGGCAGAGCCACACACCGUGCUUUUCCAUGAGCCAGGCAGCGAUUCUGUGUGGGUGGGUGGACGUGGCAAGGUCUACCUCUUCAACUUCCCCGAGGGCAAGAACGCCUCUGUGCACACGGUGAACAUUGGCUCCACCAAGGGACCCUGCCUGGGCAAGCAGGACUGUGAGAACUACAUAACACUCCUGGAGAGACAGGGCGAGGGGUUGCUGGCCUGCGGCACCAAUGCCCGGCACCCCAGCUGCUGGAGCCUGGUGAAUGGCACUGUGGAGUCACUUGGUGAGAGGAGAGGUUAUGCCCCCUUCAGCCCGGAUGAGAACUCCCUGGUUCUGUUUGACGGGGAUGAGGUGUACUCUACAAUCCGGAAGCAGGAAUACAACGGGAAGAUCCCUCGGUUCCGCCGCAUCCAGGGCGAGAUUGAGCUGUACACCAGUGACACCGUCAUGCAGAAUCCACAGUUCAUUAAGGCCACCAUCGUGCACCAAGACCAGGCCUAUGAUGACAAAAUCUACUACUUCUUCCGGGAGGACAACCCUGACAAGAAUCCCGAGGCUCCUCUCAAUGUGUCCCGCGUGGCCCAGCUGUGCAGGGGGGACCAGGGUGGUGAGAGUUCGCUGUCGGUCUCCAAGUGGAAUACCUUCCUGAAGGCCAUGCUGGUGUGCAGCGACCCCAUCACCAACAAGAACUUCAACAGGCUACAGGAUGUCUUCCUACUCCCUGACCCUAAUGGCCAGUGGAGGGACACUAGGGUCUAUGGCGUUUUCUCCAACCCCUGGAACUACUCAGCUGUCUGUGUAUAUUCCCUUGGUGACAUUGACAAGGUCUUCCGUACUUCCUCACUCAAGGGCUACCACACAGGCCUUCCCACACCUCGGCCUGGCAAGUGCCUCCCAGGGCGGAAGCCGAUACCCACGGAGACCUUCCAGGUGGCCGACAGUCACCCUGAGGUGGCACAGAGGGUGGAGCCCAUGGGACCUCUGAAGACACCACUGUUUCACUCUAAGUACCACUACCAGAAAGUAGUUGUCCACCGCAUGCACGCCAGCCAUGGGGAGACCUUCCACGUGCUUUACCUAACUACAGACAGGGGCACCAUCCACAAGGUGGUGAAGUCAGAGGAGUGGGAACACAGCCUCGUCUUCAACAUCAUGGAGAUCCAGCCCUUCCGUCGUGCAGCAGCCAUCCAGGCCAUGUCACUGGACCCUGACCGGCGGAAACUGUAUGUAAGCUCCCAAUGGGAGGUGAGCCAGGUGCCCCUGGACCUGUGUGACAUCUAUGGUGGGGGUUGCCAUGGCUGCCUCAUGGCCCGAGACCCAUACUGUGGCUGGGACCAGGGCCACUGUGUCUCCAUCUUUAGCUCCCAAAGGUCAGUGCUGCAGUCUAUUAAUCCAGAUGAGCCACACAAAGAGUGCCCCAGCCCAAAGCCAGAUGAGGCCCCACCUCAGAAGGUUUCCUUAGCCCGGAACUCUCGCUACUACCUGAGCUGCCCCAUGGAGUCCCGCCAUGCCACCUACUGGUGGCGCCACGGAGAGAAGGUGGAGCAGAGAUGCGAGCCCGGCCACCAGAGUCCCAACUGCAUCCUGUUCAUCGAGAACCUCACGGAUGGUCACUAUGGCCACUACUACUGCGAGGCCCAGGAGGGCUCCUACGUUCGCAAGGCCCAGCACUGGCAGCUGCUGUCUGAGGACGAGGCCAAGGCCCAGCACCUGCUGGGCUGUGCCCAUGCCCUUUUGGCCUCCCUCUGGCUGGGGGUCCUGCCAACACUCAUUCUUGGCCUACUGGUUCAUUAGGGCCUCCUGGGGCUGGGCAUGCUGUGGGCAUCUGCAGUCCCAGGGCACUAGAAAAGUCUCACACCCAGAGCCACCCGGCUGGGAGCUCCUUGCCCCACCACUGGUUCCAGGGGGAUUGCAUAGCUUGCCAGGGGACACCAGGCCUGGAGAUGGCCAGCCACAGGCAGCUGCUGAGCCCAGGUGGGGCAGGGUGGUGGGGGCUGGAGAAUGAAGGCACUGACUAUGAAGCUGGGGCAUAGAUGGCCCAAGACUUUAUCUUCUGGAGACUAUUUUUCAAAAGUUCUUCCUCAAACUUGCCCAAAUUCAGUGAUGCUCCUGGCCCAAGAGCCCGUGGGCCAGAGAAGGGUUGGGAAAAGGGAGCUGGGAUCCCGUUUCUGGACCUUCAAGCUCUCUAUUGCCCCCUCAUCCUCUCUCCUGCCACUGCAGGGGCUGGCUGGUGUUCCUGCAGGCCCAGGCUGCCCUCUGUGGCCCUCACCAGCCCUGGAUCCCACUAAGGCAGCCUCCUUGCAUGUUUAUUGAAGGAUGUUUGCUUUCCGGACAGGAGGACGGAAAGGGCUCUAUUUUUAUGUUAGGCUUAUUUCAUGUACUGCUACUUCCGACUGCAUCUGUAUGAAAAUACCAAAACUACAUGCUGGGGGU